UGUGCGUGCAUACGAUAAUAUAUGUCAAGUAUCUUCGUAAAUAUUUAUAGUUUUUAACAAAUAAUAAAAUUUUGAUAAAUUUAAUUGAAGUCUUCCACAAUUUUAAAUUCAAAGUGUAUUCAAACGUAUUUAAAUAUUUUUUGUUGUCCGUGCGGCAACUAUCAAAUAGUAGCAGGACUAUGGCACCUUCAAUACCAGAUAGAUGGCUUAACUAUACUCCAAUGGGUCAACGGGUUGAAGGAACACGAUUUAUUGCAUUUAAAGUGCCUCUUCGAGAGGCUGUUAAUGAAAAUGUGGACGAGCAGCGCCGCCUUGAUGCCUCGAUUUUACUGAAAUCGAUACCGAAUUUGGGUAUGAUUAUAGAUCUGACGAACACUUCACGUUAUUAUACGCCAGAUUGCUUUGUAAAGAAGGGUUUAGAGUACAACAAAUUAAUGAUUCCUGGCCAUCAUACACCACCGCCACAUUUGGUUGAUCAAUUCAAAAAGCUGGUCUUUAAUUUUUUAAACAAAAACGCGGGUAACGACAAACUUAUUGGUGUCCACUGUACACACGGCGUCAACCGUACCGGCUACCUAAUAUGCAAUUACAUGAUAUCCGAGUUAGAUGUGAAACCUGAAGAGGCAAUAGGCAAAUUCAAUCUAUCACGUGGUCACAAGAUCGAACGGAAAAACUAUAUAGACUCGCUUUAUAGUUUGACAAAAGCUGCCAAAGAUGCCAACAACCCCGAAAGUAAGAACAACGCCAGCAACCUGGAUUGCAAACCCUUGAUUCAGGCGCCCAGCAAGGAACCAAUCUCAUGGCGCGCAACGCAGGCACCUAAACUGCCGCCGUCACCCACUGACCUCGAUAGGCGUGAUCGCUUCGAACGCGCUAUUUCAUGGCGCGCCACGCAGGAACCUAAAUUACCGCCGUCACCGAAGGAAUUCGAUAGGCGCGAUCGUUUCGAACGCAUACGACAGGAAGCAAAUAUGCAGCGUCAACGUGUCACCACCGCCGCCAACGCUGCAGCAGCACGUCCAGCGCGCCAAUUGCUGGACAACAGCUUUGCCAAUUCACCGCGAAACGAACGCAACUAUAGCAGUCGUUAUGUAAAUACUAGCAGACAUUUGUCGCAAGGUGGCGCCAGCUAUCCCUAUCCCAGCCACCGCCACUAUGAUACAAUACGCUCGAAUUUUAACCAAUACGUUGAUUAUGCGCAGAACAAUCACCGUUAUGAAGACAGCAUAUAUCGGGGGCGUUACGAACUCGACAAUCGUAUGCCUCAAAGCAGCAGACACCACCAGCAUCCAUAUCGCCGCAUAUAGCUUUUUGACGGCCCUUAACUUGCUUUGAGUUGACACGAAUUUGUAUAUAUGUAUGUACAUAUGUUUAUGUAUAUUUAUAUGCCUCUUUUGGUCAUCCAGUUUAUAUUGAUAAGCACAACUGCGUCUUGUGCGCUAUUCUUCUAUACAACUGUUGGUGUGUAAUCAACAAGCAUUAUGUAAAUUAUGCAGUUAUUUUGCAAAUAGUUUACAACUUUUAUGUUUUAUUUAUGUCAGGGUCUAAACUCAAAA